AUGGAGGAGGCGCAGCGGCUGCUCACGGUGUCGGUGUGGAAGCUCUACCGGUGCCGGGUGCGGCGGGGGGGCCUCCGCCUGCACCGGAGCCUCCAGCUCUCGCUGCUCGUCCGCGCCGCCCGCCACCGGUACCUGAGCGCCCGCGCCGCCGCCGCCGCCACCGGGACCCCUCCGGGGCCCGCACCGCCCGGGGACACGGCGGGCGGAGAGACCCCCCCGGAACGGGGGGACCCCCCGAACCGACCGAGCGGGGACCCCCGCACCGCCUGCGACCACCCGAGGGACCCGAGCGGGGACCCCCGAACCGCCCCGGACCGAGGAGACCCCCAGAUGGACCCGAGCGGGGACCCCCGCACCGCCUGCGAUUCCCCUAUGGACACUAAGAGGGACCCCCGCACCGCCCCGGACCGAGGGGACCCCCCGAUGGACCCGAGCGGGGACCCCCGCAGAGCCUGGAACCCCACCCGACCCACCGGGGACCCUCACACCGGCCAGAAACGGGGAGACCCCCCGAGGGACCCAACCGAGGACCCCCGCAGCGCUUCGGACGGGGCAGACCCCCCGAUGGACACGAGCGGGGACCCCCCGAACCGACCGACCGGGGAGCUCCCCCCGAGCGGCCCAAGCGGUGACCCACCGGCCCCCACGGACCCCCCAGAGCCCGGACCCCGCCGACCGGGACCCCCCUCGGGAUUCCCCGAGCCGGGCCCGUGACCCGCCCCCUCGG